CAGGCCUGUGCCAGCUACCAGAAUUGCUAUGCUCAGGCGCAGGGUGAGGUCGGUAGCACAAUAUCCACGGCAAACCAGUUGGCAGACAGUUUAAAGGUUCAAUGGGCCGCCUUGAAGAAGAUCGAAUGUUUGCUGGAUGUGAUCUUGGCAGCUGGAGACCAGGCGGCUAUGCAGGCCUGCGUGGACGCCACGCACGACACGUCCGCGCUGAACAUCAUUGCCCGGCGAACCCGCCGAUGCAGGCCUGCGAUGCGGGCGUGCCGCCCACGGGCUGUCCUGCUUGAGGAGCGUAACGGAUGAGGAGCAUCAAACAAAACAGUUGGGACUUGAUGGUAUGGUGUUGUG